AGAAGAGUCUGCUCCUGCAGCUCGCUUUUCAGCAGCAGCAUCUACAUAGCUUCUUGCUGCUCCUUGUUUCGAACUCAAAAUAACGCAAUGGCCGACGAGUUUCCAGCCGACCAAGAGCAAGCUGCUCGUGACCUUGCAUCUUUGCGGCAACCUAAGUCGAAAGUGAAGAACUGGGACUGUCCCUACCUGGACGAUAAUUCGGGGCAGAUGGUCUUCUUCUUCAAGAGCCUGAUCACCUUGAAGAGUUCGAAUUAUCAUCGGGCCUUGUCCUCUUUGCACAUCACGUUGCGCGACCUGUAUCAUGUGCAUCUCGAUCGUUUUAAGACCUCGGGCAGUGCAGCUGACUUGGUAGCAUUUCUAAGAGUCUUCUCGUUGAAGUUGAGGAGUCAGCUGCUGUAGUAGUUGUAGCGUGGCUCUGAGUGAACUUGCGCAUCUUCGAACUGUAAGGCUUUUCGAGGAUCUCCCCUCCUGUUUUGACCUUAGGAAGUUGGUUUCUGUAGAUGACUUCCCACGAACUCAUCUCCAACUCAACCACCAUAAGAGUCCUUCUAUCAAUCCCUUGCUUUUACCUUCGUUACAGGCUUACAUUCUCGCCUGGAUGAAAGCAGAUGAUGGAGCAGCGUUUAUUCAAAUUAUUUCCGCGUGCAGUUUCAAACAUCUGCUCGAUGGCCUCGAUUUGAAUACUGCUGAGGCAGUCGGCCAACGCAUUGAGGAUUGGGCUCAGCAGCUCCAUAAUAUGAACCGGAAGCGUAAUCCAAAGGAACAGCUAAAACGAGAGCAGGUGCUACCUCGGUUACUUCUACAAGUGUUGGAUUUAGGAUAAGGGUCGCGAUCUUCUCUUUUUAUAUUCUCCUAUAAUAGAUUUUUCAGACUUCUGCUCUAGUGGAUUAUAAGCGCGUCAAGCACUACUAUAGAUUCUCUCUUUCUUACCAUAAAGAUACCUUAAAGAAAUCCAUCCAAAACGCACCUCUGCCAGCAACUUGCGCUGCGGGUUAUCAUGAG